AUGAGGAUCUAUAAGGACAUUAUUACUGGUGACGAGAUGUUCUCGGACACAUACAAAAUGAAAUUAGUGGAUGAAGUGAUUUACGAAGUGACGGGCAAACUGGUGACGAGAUCACAGGGCGAUAUAAAAAUUGAGGGUUUCAACCCCUCAGCCGAAGAUGCGGACGAAGGCACGGACUCAGCCACCGAAAGUGGCGUAGAUAUAGUUCUUAACCAUAGGCUAGUAGAGACAUAUGCCUUUGGUGACAAAAAGUCUUACACCUUAUACCUAAAAGACUACAUGAAAAAGUUAGUUUCAACACUAGAAGAAAAAUCUCCCGACCAAGUUGACGUGUUCAAAACUAACAUGAACAAAGUAAUGAAAGAUAUCCUGGGAAGGUUUAAGGAGCUACAGUUCUUCACUGGUGAAUCAAUGGACUGUGAUGGGAUGGUUGCUAUGAUGGAAUACCGAGAACUCAAUGGAGUCUCAACCCCAGUGAUGAUGUUUUUCAAACAUGGUUUAGAGGAGGAAAAAUUCUAA